UCGCUACACAAUAAACCAACGGAUACGCGCACAAGAGAAAAACCGGAAACGUCUAUCGCCUUUGUCCGGCUUCCCGAUCAUGGCUCCCGUCGCAAAAAGACAGCCCGGAUACCUGUAUAUGGAUAAUAGGGUACUAAUCUAAACCAGCUGUCCCUCCAAAAUCAGCUAUACCGAAAGAAACAUUGCCCAAGUAGAAAACAUAGCAAAUUAGACGAGCCUAGCGUGCGUAAGUAGUAAAACAGCAAUCGGAUCACCAUGCCGCCGCGUUGGUUCGACAGGAGAGUUACGUCUUUCCAGAGAUUCACGGACCGGGUGGAGGAGAGGAUAAGGAAGAUAUCAUCUAGCUCACGCAGCUCCUCCAAUGGGUCGCGCAGGAAUGCGCCGCCGACCCCGGCGAACCCUGUCACCGCGGCCGAGGCCGCGAGGUUGAACGGGGACAUAGUGAUGGGAGGGGUCCCCUUGGUCGAUAAUGAAGGAGAUAUACAGAUGGGUGGUGAAGAUGUAGAGAUGGGAGGUGGAGAUAUAGAGAUGGAAGGUGCCGGCGACGAUGAUUUUGCUCAGGAGGGUAUUUCCAAUCGAGCCAUCUAUGAAGGAAAGAUUCCGAUGGAAGAUCACGACAUCGAUGAUGAUCCCAUGACCGGGAACGGAGGGGAAUGGGGGCAAGGGCACGGAGACGAGAUGAUGCAAGUAGAGCAAGAGGAGGAAGAGGCUCCGGAACUGAGGGGUAGGCCGAACCCUAGAGGAACGGUAUGGGACCCGCAGUUCCAACCGCGACGUAAACUCCCGAAGAAAGAAUCAGUCCGUUUUGGGAAUCUUUCUGACCCUUGGGGUUUUGGGGAAACAAGUUCAAGUUCAGAUGACCCAGGUCCCAGCGGCUCAAAAGAUCCCGGAGGCAAUCAAGUUGCUACCGACGGAAAUGAUAAUAGAGGCGGUAAGGGUAAAGGUGGCAGGGGCAGCCGAGGUGGUAGGGGCAGUAGAGGUGGUAAGGUUAGCAAAAGCACUAGGGGUGCCAGAGGUGGUAAGGUUAGCAAAAGCACUAGGGGUGCCAGAGGCGGUAGGGGAGCUAGAGGCGGUAGAGGUGGCGGAGGCGGCAGGGGUGGUAGAGGCGGUAGAGGCGGUAGAGGCGGUAGAGGCGGAGGUGCUGGUGGUGCUGGUGGUGCUGGUGAUGAUGAUAGCUCCGACAGCCCUGACAGCCCUGAUAGCCCUGAGGACCCCGAGAGCCCUGACAGCCCCGAGAGCGUUAGUAGUCGUGUUGGCUCUACUAUUGGGAGUGACGAGGUACUUAGCCUGCCUGAUGGUGAGGAGCCUGAUGAUGACUGGGGUAAGAAUGUUGGGCGCUUGCUAGACGAUGUUGUCGACCCGGACGGCGCCGCAGACGAUGCUUUCGUAUGUGCACCGGGCUCAGAUGAGGACGUACCCUCCAUAGGUAUAGGGUACGUAUAUGAGAUAACAGGGGAGACUCAUUAUAACUCCAUUGCUAACAUCGCGGCAGUAUGUACCGAUAUCCCUUCGCAUCAUCGCAACUGUAGCCCAUCCAACAUGGGACAUUCAUGAAUAGGUAUGUUUGAAGAAUAUCUGCUAAUGACUCUUAGAACUCGAGUUUCUUCUCGCGAUGGCCUCAACAGAUCCUGCAAAUGAUCCACACCCACGCGAAACCCGGUAUCUAUCAGAGAAAUUCUCGAACUUUGUGUACGGCGGCAAGUACCCCGAUGAACAUGGUACCUGGGACUUGUUGAAGUCUUAUUCCAUCGUCAAAAUACUAAGGUCUGUAACCACAAAUCCUCGUUUUUUUUUACUACAUCUGACGAUUGAUUUUUCUUGUAAUAGGGUAUUGCGACGCGCGGGCUUGCCUGCGGCCGAACCUGAUACUUUACACGAUAUGAAAUUUGACGUUUCAGAGUCUGAAUUCGAGGAGGAGAAAGCAAAUUGGCCGGGUUUCAUAAGUGAAUAUGAUUUUAAUGUACCACCCGAAGCUAAUAUGGAUGUCGCCGGCGCCUACCAGGCAUACGCAGACCAAUUGUUCCAUGACUGGAAUGGGAAGUGCAUAAAUGCCCGUGCGAACAUGAAAGGGUUGACCGAGGAAUAUUUGGAUAACCUAUGGCUAAGAGUAGCCAGCGUUCUUAGAGACCCGCCUAACCUUUGGAAUGACGAAGUAAACAUUGGCAUGGUCUGCGAUAAGUUCACACAGAGAGUGCGCGAGGAGAAAACUAGCCUGAAGGCGAGCCACUGGAAUGACCUAGAGAAUGGAGUAGACCCCGACUUUGUCCCCGC